AUGGCCGACCCCUCCUCCAGCACCAGCGCCAUGCCGCUGGAUGAAAUCCAAUGGCACACCAACCCAGCCGUAGUGGGCGGCAGCAUCCACGACAACAGCGUGCUCUUCUACUUCCGCGAGUCCCCCUUCUACGACAAGACGUCAAACAACGAAGUUCUCUACCAGCAGGGUCUGCACAACCAGACCAUGAUGCAGUUCCUAGAAACUCGCGAGCGCUUCGAGAGGCGCCUGCGCGAAAUGUCCGGGCUGGAGUUUGUCGUUGCGCAGGAGCCCGCCGAGACUGCGCCGGGUACGGGCACGGGGGUCUGGGUUAUUAAUAAGCAAACUCGGAGGAAGAGGCAGGGCGAGGAAGAUGAGAUUAGCGUGCAUGGGACGUACUUCUUGGUGGGGGAGAAUGUGUAUAUGGCGCCGACGCUGGCAGAUAUUAUCAGCAUGCGCUUGGCAUCCGCCUCCUCCUCAAUAUCCCGCCUCCUACCCAUCGCCGCAAGCGUACAAUCCUGGUCCCCUGGCACCGGGCGCGUCUACAAGACCCCCUCAAUGACCUCCCAAACCAACCAAGCCAACCAACCCUCCUCCCAGACCCAAUCCCAACCAACCUCUCAGCCAGCAACUACUACCACAACCACCGCCCUUCCCCCACCCGACCCCCGCUGGCUUGAAGAAACCCUCAUGAUCCACGAAACCUUCGGCGACCAUCACCUAGACAAGAACCCGAUUACCGGCAAACCAGGAGACUUCCACCUCUCCUCAACCGGCCGUAAAAUUCAGACCCUACCGACCGCCGCAGCAGGCAACAAAAAACCCGGUAGUGGGUUGCCCCCGCUGCCAGCUAUCAACACCAAGGUCCAACAGAACCCGAUGGGGUCAGGGAAGCAGGUUACAGGAAAAGAAACCAAAAGUCCGAAGACGCCGAGUAGCUCGACUGGGCCGGGAACAGGGGGCAUGAGUACCGGUAUGGGCAAGCCCAAAAAGAGAAAGAGCAGCAAGGCGGCUGUGACACCUACCUCGUAG